UUCAUGUCUUUUGUAUCUGACUCACACUACCAACGUCUCGUUUCCAACGCCGUUUAUUAAUUUUUCUCUCUCUCUCUCUGACUCUGUGUGUUUCUGCGAAGCGCUAAAGGACAACAAUCACAAAACCUUAGAAGAACAACAUUUGAUGGCAGCGACAACUACAACAACUUUCCUCAAAGUUCAAAAUCAACCCACGAAGCCCAAACGUCGCAAGUAUCGUGAAACCACUAUCUCAGCUUCUGCCUCUCCCAGCGAAACCCACCACCCCCACCCUCACCGCAAUCUCGAUUCCCCUUUAUGCCCGACCCGAAACCCCGAACCAGAACCCGACCCACCAUUGCCCGAUUCACCAUCGUCCUACAGGAUUCGUUUCUCGCCCGGCAGGUUUUCCCCAAUCAUGGACUUCACCCGCUCUUCGCCCACUGCCACCGUUAACGGGUAUUCGGGUCAGGACCCGUUUCCUUCGAGCUUCUCCAAAUUCAACUCCGCACUCACCGCGGGGCUCCUUAACCCAAUGUCGCCGCCACCCGACAAGACCCGAUCGAGCCCAACCCUCUCCGAAAUGAUGGCUUGCGAACCCGAUAGAGCAACCCAGAUCCCACCCAACAACUACUACAACAACAUCGCCACAUCGUCGUCGAUGCAGAAACCCCAGAUUCCGGUGCCUGAUCGGCAAACCCUGAUGAUGCAGCGAAUAUCGGAGUUGUUGGCUUCUCGCAGCCCCGGCAACCAGUUCAACGACGCCGUUUCAAGUGAUAUCAAGCUCACUCUCAGCUCCAAAGAUGGAAUCAGCGUCUCCAUGAAUGUGCAUCGCCAAAUUCUCGUUGCCCACAGCAGGUUCUUCGCGGUGAAGCUAUCUGAUCGGUGGACGAAGCAGCAGCAGCGGUCGACGUCGCCGUACGUUGUUGAAAUUGCUGAUUGCGAUGACGUUGAGGUUUACAUCGAGACGUUGAGGUUGAUGUACUGUAAGGAUCUUAGGAAGAAGCUCAUGAAAGAAGAUGUCUCAAGAGUUUUGGGUAUCUUGAAGGUUUCAGCUGCAAUUGGAUUUGAUGCUGGGGUUUUGUCUUGUUUGGAGUACUUGGAAGCGGCCCCGUGGGCCGAGGAUGAAGAAGAGAAGGUGGCCUCUCUCUUGUCCGAGCUUCGUCUUGAAGCUGUUGGAGCUGGGGAAGUAUUGAAGAGGGUUUCGACUGAUGUUGCCAAUGGGAAUGAAGAGGGGAAUGACAAUGAGGAAGUUAUAGUUAAACUUAUUCGUGUGGUUCUUGAAGGAAAAGAUGAGAAGGCCAGGCGUGAGAUGAAAGGGUUAGUGUCUAAGAUGCUUCGUGAAAAUUCUUCUCAGAAUGAUCUUCGGAAGGAGUCGAUAUACUCAGCAUGUGAUGAUUGUCUGCAGUUACUUCAUCACCACUUUUUGCUGGCUGCAGCUUCGGACUUGCAGGAUGUGAGUCAAAUUGCGAGACAAGCAGAUAAUUUAUAUUGGAUUUUGGAUAUUUUAAUCGAUAGACAGAUUGCUGAGGAUUUCCUGAAAACAUGGGCAUCUCAGUCAGAAUUAUCUGAAGUACAUUCAAAAGUGCCUGCAGUUCACAGGUUUGAGGUUAGCACAGUUACAGCUAGGUUGUUUGUUGGGAUUGGGAAGGGACAAUUAUUGGCUUCUAAAGAUGUCAGGUGUUUACUUCUAAAAACAUGGCUGGUGCCCUUUUAUGGUGACUUUGGUUGGAUGAGGAGGGCAUCCAAAGGCCUUGAUAGGCACCUGAUUGAGGAUGGUCUUAGUAACACAAUUCUCACUCUGCCACUCUCCUGGCAACAGGAAAUUUUGCUUGCUUGGUUUAAUCGUUUCUUGAAUUCCGGUGAAGAUUGCCCAAAUAUUCAAAGAGGGUUUGAAGUUUGGUGGAGAAGGGCUUUCUGGAAGAGGAAUGGAGAGCAAGAACAGACAAGACAACUACGAAUUACAACUGCAUCAAUUGAGAACCCUUGAACACAGAUAGUGCCAGUGUGGAGGAAUUGGCAGCACUUGACUGGGUGUGUGUCACCUUUUUACAUUCUCAUGAUCAUCUAUAUUUGAUUCCUCUAAGUUAUCAGCAUUCGAAUCCUCUUUCAAACCCUGGUAGUUUACCUGCAAAGUUGCUUGUGUGAAACGUGUUAGUUAGACUCAAUGUCUUCAUGCUUUGCCUGGAAGUAGAUAACACUGUUUAUUCUCAGCUCCUCUUUUGUUGAAAAUAACCAGAUGGAAUAUUGGUUUUAUAGUUUGACUGGGUACUUGGAACCAUUUUUCUUUUCUCACUUCAUAUCUGUUCUAUGUUUUACACCUAGGCUGCUUAUAAUUUUGCUCGCUCUCGUCAGUUGAAUGGUGCCACUCUCGAAGUAAGAGCAGAUAAAAACGGUUAUCAGAAACCUAAGACAAAUCAAUCUGCUAUUUUACCAAUGAGAUUGCUCCAUCUUCCUCAAGCACGCAGGGGCAAGACAACUUGAGCUUCUUUUGUAACUUGUUAGGUUCCAAAAUAUUUCUGAGGGAAAUUUUGAUUUGUUAGAGUGAAACUAAAAUGUUAUAAAUAAAAUUCAAUUGGUUGUCUAAGCACUGAACUUUCUUGUAAUACUUGGUGGCAAGUGGUCAUAGCAUCUAUAUAGUAUUUCUAUUUUCUAAUGCCAGGAUACUGUAUAAGUAUUUUUAACUUGUCAGUGACUCUAAGGAAAACCACCUAUCUUUUGUGGGCGGCUCUGUAAUGAUUUUAGGUGUUUGAUUUCUGCUCUGUGAAGUUAAACCACGUCAUAUGUGUGCUUUUGAUUGGAAUUUCUUAACUCCUAAAUACUAUUGAGCAUAUAUUGUCAGGGCCUGCUAGAUAAAUGUAUUCCAAAGAAAAUGUCCCUUUUUUUCCAGGUAGAUGUAUUCGUUGCUGCAAAACUAAAAUUUGUUUUAGCAAAAUAUAUUUUCCAGGGAAAUAGUUCAAUCUUAGUGCUAUCUUCUUUUUGUAGUUUUAUUGAUGAAAUUUGAGUUUCUGAUCGUUAGGUACAAGCUCCUGAACAAGAGGUCAUGGUAAAUGUUGGCCUUCAAUGAUCGAGUUACUAAGAUUAUAUAUAUUUAACAAGUGCAGCAGCUCGUUGCAGGCUAAGUUGAUCAAUUGAGUUCAUGGAAGGUUCAUCAUGAGGAUAAUUUCUUUUAUAUUAGAGCAUCGUAUAGCUUUGGAUGCAAGGCAGAUGACGACGACGAAUUUCCUCAAAUAUCUUUCCUUGCAAAUUAAUUAAUGUUGAUUAUUGAUUUUUGUGUUAUUUAGGAAUGACUUCAACGGAGGUUUAGGUGCGGGAAUAUAAUUUAUUUCUUUACUG